AUGAACAACACAAUAAGGAAACCAGCACGAAAAAAGUACCGGAAGUCUAUCGUGUCAGCUGGACGCUGUGAAUCUGCAUCUUCGCGUUUUGAAAAGAUUGGUCGAAUUGGCGAGGGGACGUAUGGCAUCGUCUAUAAAGCUCUUGAUAGAAAAUCGAACAACAGCCUUGUGGCACUGAAGCGAUGCAUUCCGCAUCAUGAGUCAAGCGAUGGCUUUCCGUUAACAACGCUGAGAGAAAUUCACGCGUUAAAUUUGGCUGCAAGUCAUCCAAACGUUGUCGAUUUAUUAACAGUAGCUGUGUCUGACUCUGGUGUCUUUCUAGCGAUGCCCUUGGUCGGGAAUGAUCUAGCUGCAAUAUUGGACGAUCCGACAGCACAACCAUUUUCCGAGGCCGAAGUGAAGACCUUGGUGCGGCAGCUACUUAGCGCUCUGGACUUUUGCCAUGGUCAUUCUUUGAUUCAUAGAGACGUCAAGCCUUCAAACCUAUUGAUAUCGUACAAAACUGGUCUAAUGCUUGCUGAUUUCGGAUUGAGCCGCCACAUCUACAAAGGGCAGUGUUGUACAGUAAACGUCGUAUCUUUGUGGUAUCGAGCUCCUGAGCUUUUAAUGCAACGGAACUGUUCUGCCUACAGUUUUGGGAUUGAUAUGUGGGCUGUAGGUUGCGUGUUCGCUGAGUUGCUGGAAGGAUCACCGCUGAUACCUGGAACAGAUGACAAUGACCAAAUAGAAAAGAUGAUCAGAUGCAUGGGCCGGCCACCAUUGAAUUUUUUAAGCGAUCACAUCCCAAAGAAGAAAGGGAUCGUCUCCACUGGAAAUUUGUGGGAUCGUUUUGUUGAUUUGUCAAAUGAAGGUCUUCUCCUAAUGGCUAGACUUUUGGAGUACGAUUACACAGUGCGUUUGACGGCUUCUCAGGCGAUGCAGUGCGAAUAUUUCCAGGUUCAUCCUCUUCCAUCUACCAAAAUUUCCACCUUGUUGAAAUAG